CGAUACGCUAGAGCAGUAAAGAUGAAACAGCCAGGCCGAUGAGUAUCACCACUCUAUAAGGAGAUCAAAAUAUAUAAACGACAACAUGGAAUACGGCUGUGCUUGCCUGGCCACGGUGAGGCGGAGCUACGGCCGGCGUGGUCACCUGCUCAGAGAGAACGGCAACAGCCCCGGCCUCAGGCGAGUUGAACGAGGUAACGCAGUUCCACGCAGACGCGAGAGCAUGGACACGGAGAACUCUCGUCGAACUCUACAAGCAACAGCAAGGCGCCAGAGCACUCCACCGAGCAGGGAAGCAAGGCAGUAUCAAGGAAACAAAGAAACAUGAGCACGUCGAGCAUGUUCACACGUGAUUGUUAUUCGUGUUUCGGUCGACAGCUGCAUGGGUUGGACACGCGGCCUCCACGCCAAGGCUCCACGCACAACCAACCGAUCCGGCGAGUUCGAUCUCGAGGUAUCCAUGCAGUAGUGUUCAAUCAAACAACAAGGGGAGUAUCAGCAACCUACCACGACAACGGCGGUCAGCAUGGAGAGCAGUGCCCAGGGGUUCGCUAUCCUAUCUCCCGCCGGCGCCUCCGCCCUCAUGCCCAGGGGUCGACGCCGACUUACUCUCGCCCCAAUUUCGUCGCCUCUGCCGGAGGGCGGUCAGACUGAAGAUGGGCGCGCCCAGGGCGGACAGACUGAAGAUGGCCGCGAUGCUGCUGCUACCGAGGAAGCGAGUUCGGAGGAUGAAGUUCUUCGGUCGGUGAUGUACGCUGGGUUCUCGUCGGAGGAAGCAAGUGUUUUUUUGCAUGAGAAGAAGAAUUCGCAGGUGUCUCAGGUACGUUUUGAUGCUCAAUUUAGAGAAGAUUUCUGGAUUGAUUUGGGCUUUCCUAAGGGCAGCCGCUGGUGGGAGAACUCGGAUUCUCCCAUUCAUGGUGCGCCUGUGAAUCCUAAUGCUGUUGUUCGAUCCGAUGCUAGUCUGGGCGUUCAUGAAUCUUCAGAGAGCCUACAGGCUAGCCUGAAUGCUUUGGAUCUGGAAUCUAGGAUCGGAACACAUACGGAUCAAAAUAAAAGAUCAUUCGUAAACAGUUCAUCGAUCCAGGAUUCAGGUGCACACCUAAAACCUUCUCGUCGUGGUGUCCAUAUCCGGCCUUGGCGCGGUCCUCUCCCGCGGCCUAGAAGGAAGGAAGCUAUUUCUCUUGCUGCGUUCUGGCCUUCUUCGGCACAGGCCUUCCAUGGGUCCUGUUCGCCGGUUUCAACUUCCAAGGUGGGAUGGACGAUGCCACAGCCCCCAAAGCUAGAUGUGCGCAGCGAGUUUCCACCGCUGAUUGCUGCUGUUUCGGUAGAUUCCCGAUCGGGUCCAGCAGUGAUCCCGGCGGAGAUUGAGGCAGUCGGGAUUUUGAAUUCUGUAAGUUUGGAAACAAAUCGUGCGGCUUUGGUGAAUCGGGCCAAGGGAUAUGGUUUGACAAGAAAACUUUUACGAAGACCUAUUCCUAGGACUUGCCGUCACUUCUCCUCUCGGCUCGGCCUCAUUCCCAUGAGCGACAACAACCGACCUUCAUACGCAGCGAUGGCGGCCCGUCAGCCGACGCGUGAAGGUCAGCGCCCACCGAUGCCGCAAGCACGUGGUGGUGGGCUUGCUGCUCCGCGUGGGGGUAGAGGAUCUCUCCCAAGGUCCAGCCGUGGACGGGCCAUCUUGGGGGGUCGUGAUCGCGGUCAUGCCCGUGGGAGUGGCCGCGGGUGGUUCAAUCCUGGACGUGGGCGUGGCUUUGGGCAGGUUCAGGCUGCUGCUCCUCAACAACGCUAUGUCCCGGUUGACCUUCAGGAAGCUAGCCAAGGAACUCAGGCAGAGGCGCCGGAACCAAUCAAGGCCAAAAAGCCUCGUACACCAUUCUGUUUUCGCUGUAAGUGUCUUGGGCACCUGCAAGAGAAUUGCUCAGCUAUUCUUGACUGCUGCAUCUGCAACAAAAAAAAUAAUCAUGUGCCGGCAAAGUGUCCUAUUCUCAAGAUGCCAAGGCCUACUGCAUCUAUGUUGGGGUGUGCAAAAAAUGAAUUGACCUUUUUUCGGAUCCCGGAGUUUGACUUGAUGGUCGAGGCUCCUGCACCGGCACCAACUGCUUUGAUAUCAGUAUCAGGUGGUAAAUUAGAUGCGUUGGCCAUUCAAUUGGAGCUUGCCAAAUUGUCUAGAGUGGAGUGGAACUGGGAAGCUCUACCCCAUGGGGAUGAUUCUUUUCUGGUAGUAUUUCCCUCAGAGGAUGAACUGCUCCGGAUGGCUGAUAUUGAGUAUAAACUCAAGAGUGGAAUUGCUAUUAGUAUCAGUCAAUGGGAAAGGACUGGGGAUGCUAGUCCAGCCUAUUAUUUGGAUGAGAUUUGGGUGCAUGUUACAGGUGUUCCUCAUGACUGGCGUCACUUCUUGGCCUUCUGGGCAGUUGGGUCUAUGAUUGGCACUACGAUUGAGGUUGAUAUGUUGACAUACAGGAAGAAGGGGAUUAUUCGCCUCCUGGUUGGUAUUUUAGACAGAGAACAGUUGCCUCUAACAACAGAUAUUGUCUUCCACAAGGUUGGAUAUGAUAUUACUUUCACCCCUGAGCUGCCAGAUUUUGAACCGGCUAUGCCUUCCCUGGUCCUGGAUGCUUCUGAGAAAGAGGACGGAGACAACAAGGAGGAUGGGGCUCCGAGGGUUAGUGAAUUUGAUCCAUCAAGAAAGAAACAAAAGAAUGUACUGGGUUCCUUCGGUCCAAAUUCCUCUAGUGAUAGGCAGGACUCGGCCCCCAUGCAUGUUGAUUGCAGUGAGGUUCAUAGGCCAAUGUACACAACAGGGUCAGGAGUAUGUGUUGUAGCACCUACAGAGAAGAGUGUAAUCAAAUCGUCUUUACCACCUGGUUUCAAGACAGGCAAACCAAAUGGUUCAAUUAGUCUGAUGAAGCCUCUUUCUCCUUCGAAGGAAAGGACAACUGAUCACGCUAAGCAGGUUUCAGUGCAUGUUGUGCCUGGUUCCGCUUUGGUUGCAGGGACAGGUGCCGCAAUCCCAGCAGGUGAUCUUGCCUCGGAUAAUUGGGCACCGGUGGUCCCUCAGGCUGGGCCAUCUUUAACCUCCAUGGUCAAUGGGACUACGAUGCCUCUGCAGUUUGGAUCUCUGAACAUGGCCAACCAAACCUUGGCUGCUUGUUCACGGCCUGCUGUGGAGAGGAAUCUGGUGGCGACUCAGCAAAUGAAGACCACCCAAGGUGUUGUCCAGGAUCAGAGCCUGCGUGGCGAGUCUGAGCCCGAAAAUUAUGCACCUGCUCCGGUUAUUUCUUAUGAUAUUGAUAUGACAGAAAAGGCAAUGCGGCGCGCUGCAGCACGGAAUCUUGACGCUGAUUUGGGCUCCAAGACGGUGGCUUCCUCACAAGAGAUGCUACAUUCGCCUUUAACGCCCGUGCAGCAGGAAACUGGUCAUUUAUUCCAUUGCACAUUGGCUUCGAACAUGGGCUAUUUUACAGAAGGCGGAGUUGCGACCUAUGGUUGUGGAGGCUACGCAGUACUUGGUGCAGGUGGCCAUGGACUAUUUUUCCCGGGCUCAUGGGUGGCGGUCUAGUCUGCGGAUUGAUUACCAUUAGAGUGUGUGGAUUAUCAUCUUUAUUUUGUCUUUAAGCUGUGUGCUUCUUAAGCAGAGGCUGGAAGAAAUUUCAAGAAUUGUAUCCCCUCGAUGUAAUGUGCUUGAAAUUAUUAAUAAAAUCUUCCUUUAUCAAAAAAGGCUAUGGCUCAUUGAAAAA